CACGCUUAAACUCGUAACACAAUACUCCAUCUCUUAUUGUGAUGAUCGUAGUCGCACUUGGCUCAAGGCUCAGGACGCAAGAAUUGGGGGAUUGGGGUUUGGUGCUAUGACCAAGCUUGCAGAUUGAAAUCCAGCCUAACCAUCGUUUGACGUAGGGGAGUGGUGGCCAGAUCAAUUACGCCCUGCAUGUGUCGACGUAAAUGUAAAAAUGGCCUCACUACCAGUAUACUCGCCGAAUUGAGUUAUUAAGAAUGAAAUUGGGCAGUUGCGGUGGCUGGGUAUUGUAUUUUAAGAGUACUGAACCACUACGCGAAGAAUGGUUGGUCAAUUUGAGAACAUAUGAUUACAUUUUGUUCCAUCACGAAAUUAAUAGAGCCGUAUACCACACUGAAGCCCUGGACAGAGAUUUUAUGAAAUAGAUAAAGUAAAUUGCGCGCUGCACAGCUUAACGUACAGUGGAGUAACACUUGAAGCAAAACCCGUUAUGAUCAAGAAUUUGAACGGGAAAUCUCAGCCGUCACACUGGAUCACUGGCCUUUCCCUGAUU